AUGACUCUUAUGCGACGGCGUUCUGCGGCACAGCGUUUUGCACGGAAUGUGGCGAAGCGAUGCCGUCGGAAGAUGAAACCGGACGUGAGCAUGUCGCAGGCGCAGAUGCCGUCGGGUACGAUGAACCGCAAGAGCCAAGCGCCGGAGCGGCGGCAGCAAGUGUUGUAUCGCACGCACCUCUGUACAACUUGGUUUGUGGACCCCAAGCGCGUGAAAGAAGGCGGUGUGAGCAUAGAGGGCAAUGGACACAAUAUCCGCUCUACAGACUUCGGCAUGCAAGGCGUGGAUGGCAAGAUGGGGCAAUAUAACGACUCGAUUACUGGAGUCCACAACUACUACGAACCGUCGUUUCGAUCGUUUGCCAUGUCGACGUACUCGAUUGCGAACUGA